AGCCCUCAGAAAAGUGGGCCGAAAAGUGCAUACAUUCUUUGGAAUCACGCAUACAGUAUAAAUAGAGCCCGCAGCAGCGAGCGGCUUUACCUUCGUGCUGCCUGUCGCUUCGACGCGAACGAAGCGGCGAGAACAAAGCGAUCGCAAAUCUCUCAGCAGAAGACGCUCCCUGCCCCUUUCGCCGAUCCCUUUCAAUAUAUCGGCCAGGGCGUAUCUCUUCAACGCGAAGCGGCGAGAACACAGCGCGUGAAGAUAUCAGCAGUCGGCACUCUGCCUGCAUCGCAGGUCGCGUUCAACAUAUGGUCCGCGCGGCGCAUAAUGGUUGGACGCGAGUGGAUAAGGUGAUAAAGAGCGAUACCACCUUAUAAUGAUCGGAGCCUCAUCAGUGUACCUGGCGCAGCCACCUGUAGUAGUUUGCUUGCCUCAUCGAUUCACCUUGCGCCGCCGUCCGCACCGCUGUCGUUUGUACCGGUGCUGUCAAGUUGCAUAACAUUGAUAUUGACACCGGGUUGAGUGGAGAUGGAGAAAGUAUGCGCGAUCCCUGCGCUGUUGCCGUUCACCAUCGGCUUCGGCGUCCCGGCCAUCUACGUGCUGACCACGAUGGCUUACCGGCUACGCUACGACUUCGACGCUGUCGUGAGCAGACGGGGCGGCGUGACCAACACGUUCACGAGCAUAAGUCGAGCGACAGCGACCCCGCCGUGGUCUGUUGGCUGGGUCCUCGCUACGGUCGUCCACCUGGUCUGCAGCUUGUGGGUCAACGGUGAGUUUACGGACUACUGGGACGCCCGGGAGCAUCUGCUGCCGCAAGGGCGACGGGACGCGUACCGCAGGACGGCGGAGUGCGCCCGUCACCUGCACUGGUUGCGGGCGGCUGCGCUCGUUCUCGUUUCCGCCAUGACCACUCGUCUUUCCGAGAGACUGCAUUUUAUCUCUGUGACCAUAUUUCUUACCACUGACUACUUUUAUCACCGCUACGUGGACGACCUGGAAGAGGAACUCUUCGCACGCGUCAAGGACCCAACGGUGGCCUGCUCGAGCUUUCACCACCGCACUGCCAACGACGUGAUGACAGUGCUGAGCGCUUGCCUCCCGCUGAGCUUGGUGCUUCACUUCUUCGGGAGGGUCUCCUACGCUCAUUCGGCAUUUGGUUUCUUCGAGAUCGUCUAUGGAGGCUGCCAUGGAUGGCAUGAUUUCAUCACCACUGUGGUAGUAACGCGGCAAGCCUACCUGGCCUGCACCGACGACCCAAGCAUGCUAUGGCACUGCUUGCCGUCGCUAUCGUCAGCACUGACCUAGCUGCGCGGGAAGCUCCUCCUGGCUGACCUGGUGCCUGUGGCUGCGUUAGUUGCCUUCGGCUUGACACAAGGAAUUGUCUCGUGCUUCAUCGAUACCUGCACCAUAGGGCCAAGAAACCUUCAACAAGCGCGAUCUGUGUGCACUGCUCCAGUUAGGUACCGCACAAGCUCUGGUCCUUCGAGUACGUGAAGAGGUGCUGACGGCUGCUGGUUGAACCUGACAAACGGACUGAUUGCAAAACUCAAUAGUUCAUCUUUAUCAUCUUAGCACUGGAAACGGUUGGAAGCUCUGGAAGCGCUGCCCUUCAGUGAUAGACUUUAAGGAAACUUUGUCCCUGCUGUCAUCAUGAGCAACUAGAAGCUUGUCCAUAGAGUUCAUUUUUAAACGAGGAUACCUUAUCUCCACAAUAUCCUGCUCUUGUUAACAUGUCCGAGGAACUUAAUGGCGAGAUUCAUUCGGGAGACGCUAAAGUCAAUGAGCUCAUCAAGAAAGGGCUGGAACACAUCGUCGUAAUUAGUGACCCCUCAUGUGCAAGGGCUGAUUGUUGGAGACGAGGUGAUGCGCUUCAAUAUCAUUCUUGUUCCGCAAAAGAUGCUGGCGUGCUUCAGCACAUUUUUACUACGGGUCCAACCGUGAACCUGUGUAUGGGGGCGACUCUGGUUUUGCCCCUAUAUUUUAUUAGCCAAAAUAUGGUACGUACAGGUAAUUACAAAUACACGUACCAUUCUACGCACCUUACGCUAUCUUUCCACAUACUCCCCGCACCGGUUCAGACAUUUGUCCCAUCGUAGCACUAAAUUUGAGAUGCCUUUGUGGUAGCCGCGGCCACACCGGAGGCUCAUUAUCAUACACGGCCUUUUGCGAACUCACACCACCGCCACCUCACACUUCUCAAAGCGAGACACCUUUCCCCAUACGUGGGCUGGGUUUCCCUGUGUAUUUCGAUGGGCGUUCUUCCCUUGCACCAUAGAAAACGAAUCGCACUUCAUUGUUCGAACGCCGUGGGCGUGUAAAGCACGACCGCCGUCUUUAACAACUGACAGCUGCGCCCUGCCGCAGAGCUACCGCCAGAGAAGGCCGGGUCGGACCUAGAAAGGUCCGCCACUGGGAAUGUGUAUGUUGACUUCGCAUUUACAGGCCUAAUUUGUCUAAAAGAUAAGGGCCAAGACUUUGAUUCGCCAUCGUACACGGGAAAUCUCCCAGAGUGCGUUCAGGGUCGCAUUUGAGGACCGCGAAGGAUGCUCUCGCUCGAACUUAACUCGCGUUACAUUUUAUGCACGGGGGACGUUUGCAGCAUAUAUCUUACCGGGAUGUUCAACAACCUGCGCUCGCUGACCUUGAACCUCGAAAACAUACGCACUACGUUCGCCGCGGACAUUGCAGUUUAUCUCGGAGAGAACAAGAAACUGAGGCAUUUCGGUCCCUGAUACUCUUGCGGCGACGAUGGAGGUACCGUGGCGCUCAUCGAAGCACUGACGCUAAAUAACACGCUCAAGAAAUUUACUUUGGCGGAGCUCAAGUUGUCUUCGAAGACCGCGAUCGCCUUCGCCAAGAUGCUGACAGCCAACUCUAAGCUUGAGCUGGUGGACAUUUUCAAUGCGUGUUUCGUGGAAGACGAUAGUGUCAGCGUUCCCGGGGCCAACACAGUUAUGAGGGUGUUCUUAAGAGAUUUCGCAUCGUGUAGAACGGGAAAUUUCUGCCACCGCUUACCAGACUUAUCGGUCAAAAAGAGUGUUGGCCUGGUCAGCUUUCCAUCGGCAUCACCGCUUCAGUGGGCAGGGACGUUCUCCAAAAGUUCUUCGAGUCUGUGGCCAGACACUGCAAUUCGUAAGCUACAUUUCUACCCGAGCGAUGAUGCAUUGGACGCGCUCGCUGAUGGCAUCGCCUCGGUCGCUGAGCAGACGGCGACUCAAGACAAUCCAAAACCUGAUGUCCCUCAAACCGGGCAACGAGCACCAGCUAGUCAAAGUUCUGAACUCUUUGAAGGAGAACCGAUCUUUGACAUACUUCACCACGUACGUAGUAUUGUUGAAGCCAGAAAUAGCGACGUCCUUGUCCGUGUUGCCAAUGGUCAACGACACUCUGAACGAUGUUUCAGUCUGCAAGUAUUGGGGAAUCGCCGCCUGCCUCGUGGCAACUAUAUAUCCUCCAGGGUCUGAGAAGCAACUACACAUUGACGCCUCUGUUGGUUUCCUGGGACCCUGACGAUGACGUAGAUGGCGUCCUCGAGAUGGCAGAGCUCGUGAAGAGGAACGUCCGUCUCCACGAGAAAGCGGCUGAGCUCGGGAGCACAGGCGGCCAUGGCGAGCGUGACUAUGCAAAAAAGAAAGUGAUGGAGCGCCAAGCUGGUGGAAAUGGUGCAGAGGCUCACUCGAAAGACGAGCGACGCUGCGUUGGAUUUCAUACAGGGAGACUGGGCUCGGUUGUAUGCGUAAGGAGUGGCUUGUGCGAUGCCCUAGUGCUUGACUGGAUAGCUUUUCCAUCGUUACACACUUGUGUGCGCAUGACAAGGCAGCUCAAUACAGCGUAGAUGCGGUGAUCGAACGAGGGCCAGCGUAUUCAUGGAGGCCAUGAAAUGAAGAGUGUUUGGUUGCUAAUGUGCUGAUAUUUCCCCUUUGUAUUUUAUUAAAGGUGACAUUAACCGUG